AUUUGUAUGCACAUUUCAGUGUGUGAUGGACGUGUGAUUUCAGAGCAAAGUGAAUGUGAUUUUGGCCAUCAACUGUGUCAUUUGCAUUCUCUAUGAUGUCUUUGUAUCAAUAUUGGUGCUGAAAUACGGUAAGUACAUUUCAUACUCCAAGUAUGUUGUAUGUGCAUGCUUAUUCAUUCAUGUGACAACAUGCAGGUCAAAUUAUGCCGAGUUCAAAGGUCCAUCCUAGCAGGACUCAUGUUGCAACUUUUAAAGAAACGUGACUAAGCGCUCAUUCAGAUAUGAAGCAGACAUCUUCUGAUGCUGUCAGGUUCAUGGAAAGAAAAGCAUGUCUGAAACGGACUUUAGGCUCUACUUUGGCACAACACUCACUGAGCUACAUGCUAAUAUCAGCAAGUUAAUUUUCUCACAAAGACAAUUUUAACGUAACGAUGUUCAACAUGUAUAAUGUUCAUCAAAUUUACAGUCUCAGUAUAGUGGUGUUGGCAUUCUAACAUUUACUACUUACCUCGAAAAACAAACUCCAGCUUAUGCUGAUAGAAAUGCUAUUAGUAUUCAGUCACAAAGCAAAGUGCACAAAUUAGGGUUCAGUCUCUCGGGAACAUGAAUGCUUGUACAGAAUUUCACAGCAAUUUGGGUUUUCAGAUAUGACACAUCAGUAAUAUGUGGAGUCACAGAGUUUCUAGAAGAUAAAACAUAUCUUUGUGCUAAAAAUGUAGCUCUUUUAAGUUUCAUAAAUUCAGUUCAUUAAAGUAACCCCUGAUAAAAAAUAUAGAAAAAGAUGUGUGGGGCAAAAAAAAUUACCUCCAGAGAGAAAGCUAAUUUCUUUCACCGAUUAGAAGAAGGAAAGCGUAAAAGCUAAAAGGAGGAAAAGAGACCCCUGGAGUCUUGUAACCAGGGUCCAUAAAUCACAAACACAGAAAGUUCGCUAGUGCUGAACUUUCAAUGGCAUGAUAAGCUUGCUCAAUUCCUUGAAAGGAUGACCAGUAAACUGACUGAAGAAUGAGAGGGAAGAGGGACUUUGGCCAACACUGGCCCCACUUGUCUCUUUAAAAAUUCCACUUGAACAGACACAGCUCUUUGUGCCACACUAGAUAAUGAGCAGAGAUGGCAAACGUGGACAAGUUCAUUGAGCACGUAGGAGACUUUGGGCCUUUCCAGAAGAGGAUUGUCACACUUGGUUCAGUGCCGUUGAUAUUUUUUGCUUUUGUACUUAUUGGUGUAGUUUUCAUAGGGCACACUCCAGAUCACUGGUGCUGGAGUCCUGAAGCCGAGCGCUUCCAGGAGGAAUGUGGCUGGACGGAUGUCGAGGUGCGGAACGUUACUGUCCCUCGCUCUGGACAGUCCGGAUCCUUCAGCAGAUGUGAGAGAUUUGCAGUGGACUGGAGCAAAAACCAAAACAAAUGCAAUGAACUCGACUGGCUGCAGACUUCUAAUUCAACCCAGCUAGUGCCAUGUGACAGCGGGUGGAUGUUUGAUAGCAGCCACAGCUCUACUGUCUCUGAGUUUUCACUGGUCUGUGGGAAAUCCUGGCUUGCCGAUCUGAAUCAAGUUUCCCUGGCAUGUGGAUUUUUUGUUGGAGCUUUUAUCAACGGCUACCUGGCUGACAGGUUUGGUAGAAAGCCAUGCUUCAUUGCAUCUAUGGUGGGCAUGGGCAUUUCCGGUAUAGGGGUCAUGCUGUCACCGUGGUACCCGCUGCUUCUCAUCUGUCGCUUUGCGCAAGGAUACUGUGGAAAGGGAGCAUGGAUAGCUAUCUACGUACUCGUGAUUGAGUUCUUUGGCUCCGACAACAGGAAGUUUGUGUCCAUGGUGAGUCGGACUUUCUACUCCGCGGGAAUGGUCAUCCUGCCUGGUUUGGCUUACUAUCUGUCCUCCUGGAAGGCUCUGCAGCUGGCUACAAGUCUUCCCUGUCUCCUGUUUAUCACAUACUACUGGAUUGUUCCUGAAUCUCCACGCUGGCUAUUUUCACAAAAAAGAACUACGGAGGCCAUGAAAAUUUCUGCAAACAUUGCAAAAUGUAAUGGGAGAUGUUUACCACCUAAUCUUCCAGAGAUAAUUGGUUUGGAGGAAAAGAAGGAAGUACACUCUGUAUCAUUUAUGGAUUUGAUCAGGACACCGAUCAUAAGAAAAAACACACUCAUUUUAAUUUAUGCCUGGUUCACAAGCACUGUUGUAUUUCAAGGCCUGGUCCUACGACUUGGAAUCACAGGCGGCAAUCUCUUUUUGGAUUUCUUCAUCUCUGCUGUGGUGGAGCUUCCCACUGGAAUCAUCUUCUAUCUGCUGGUGGACAGAGUCGGUCGACGCACCCUGAUGGCCGUCACUAACCUCACUGCUGGCAUAGCCUGCCUUGUAGUUCCCAUCCUGCCCACUGAUUUUUCCUGUUCAAGAAAGUUAAUUGCAAUCCUCGGGAGGCUUGCUGUCGCCAUCGGAUUUGAGACUGUGAACUUUGCAAAUACAGAGAUGUACCCGACACCUCUAAGAAAUUUGGGCCUGUCAGUAUGUUCAUCAGCUAGUGACAUGGGAGCAAUUGUAGCUCCGUUCCUGCUCUACAGACUGGCCAAUAUCUGGCAGGAGCUGCCUCUAAUUCUUUACGGUGUGAUGUCGGUGCUGUACAGUGCACUGGUGACAAUGUUACCUGAGAUGAUGGGAGUCCCACUGCCAGAGACUAUCGAGGAUGUGGAGAAUAUGAAAGGGAAGACAGAAAAAUCAAAGAAGGGGAACAGUUUGAUUAUAUGAUGAAAGACUGAGGCCUUGAAGCAGCAGGAACAUUAGUGGAUUAUUUAGAGAUACUCUGUGUUUACGCUGCACAUGAUGUCCUAUUGUCGGCUGCUCAUUAGAGCACUGGAAGAAGAACUGCAGUGGCUGUUAUUGCACACUUGUGUUACAUUAUUAUGAGGUGUUUAGAGGUGUUGACUGGAGAUUUACACUGUGAGAGGAUGAAGCACAUCUCUGCACCUCUCAUCUCAACGGUGCUAAUUUUCAGCAGUGAAAGCUAUUUAUAUCUGGAAUGGGUGAUAUCAACAGCAGAAAUCUGUCUACUGUUUUCAAUGCCUUUUGGUUUGGUUUUAUAUACAGUUGUUGUUGUAGAGUUGUAUAUACGGUAAAGUAGUUCACACACACUUGUAAAGAUCAUGUAGGUCCUGGCAGUCUUGAGUUCCCAAUGACUCUUAAUUUUUUAUGAUACUGUCAAGCAUGGUGGUGGCAGUAUUAUGCUCUGGGGCUGUUUUGCUGCCAGUAGAACUGGUGCUUUACAUAAAGUAAAUGGAACAAUGAACAAAGAGGAUUUAGUUGAUCUUGGAUGCAUUUGGGUGCUUCAAAAACAAAGACAAUGACCAAAAACACAGAACAAAAGUGGUAAAGAAAUGUCUAAAUCAGACUGGCCUCCUCAAAGUCCUGACUUAAAGCCCAUCAAGAACCUGUGGACUGUGAUAAAGAAACAAGUCUGUGUCAGAAAGGCAACAAAUUUAGUUGAACUCCACCAAUUCUAUCAAGAAGAGGGUCAAAGAUACAAUGAGAAGCUUCUCAGAAGCUUGUAGGCAGGACCAAAUACGCCUUGUUGAGAUAAAAAUGGAUAUUUAACCAAAUAUUAGUAUUGCUGCAUUCAUAUUUUUUGAUCCAGUAGAUUUUGUCAUAUCUUCAGAAGAUCAAUAAUAAAUCUAUGAUAGAACCAAAAUGCAUGAUUGUGUUCAUAGGAAACUCAGAAUUAUAGGAAUCAUUGAAAACUCAAGGCUGCCAUGAUAGACAGUUUUUACAAGCGUAUGGAAAUUUUGUUCACAAUUGUAUGUCUGUUACUUAGCAGGAUACCUUCAAAAUUGAUUUUAAAGCACUUGGAAAAAAGUGACUUUCCUUCUUUUCACAGACACACAUUCCAUUUCACCACCAUGUGUAAACACUUUAUAUUUGGAUUCUUAAAGAAUAAGUAUGGCAAUGUUUUUCUUAUUGUCAACAUAUCCAAGGGAAGGGGACUUACAUAGUUUAAUUCCUCUGUGCCACAGAGCUGCUUUGUUGCCUAAGAACCAUUAAAAACACAUCAGUGAGGCACACAGUUGUAAACACUGACAUGCUCCUUUGUAAAACCGAAUGCAGGCGCUGUAUUUUAUUUUGAGUCAGUGUCACAUACACAGUCCUGCUUACUACUUCUCCAUGUCUGCAACUAAAAAUACUCCAAAACAAGUGCACUAUUCUCUCCAGUUUGAGUAAUAUUUGCUUAAAACUACAGUACCAGCUGUUUCACAAAAUGUUUAAUGAUUUAAAACAAUUAAGUGUGUAUUCAUCACCUGUUUUUAAAGAAAGUAUUGGAUCACAACUAUCCUUAAUUCCCAACUGCAGUGCAUAGAGAGACAUUUUUUGGUGUUUUGGAAAUACACCUGUAUAUUUUCAUUUUGAAAACACAAAAGCUGGUAUUUUUUCUACUGCUGCUUCAAAAUUUAGUCAAUCUUCACCAAAUUUGAUAUAUUGUUGUGCAGAAAAUAUUACUGUUUUCCCCAAUUAGCUGUAGUCCUUCAGAUAUCAUGACCACAUCAGUCAGUUUGGUGCAGAUGUCAAUUUGUAUGCUGUUCUAUCAUUUGUGAACUGCUUUUCUUUUAUUUAAAAAAAACUGCAAAAAAAUGUUGAAGAUUAUGUAACCUUGACAAGAGUUAUGCUCUCUGAAGUGCAAAUAAAAUAUGAAUCAGAAUUAUGCUGAUGAACUGCA